AUGGUCACGACUGGCACCGCUGGAGGCGAUGAAUGGGAUCGAAUUCCGGAUGACGAGCUGGAAGAAACAAUCGGUGAAAGACUCUGGGGUUUGCGCGAGAUGUUUCCGGAUGCAUUCCGAUGCAAACUCGAGUCAUCCGUUGAGUGGUCAAUUUGGGCUGCAAAGAAUACGGUUCGCAUUUUUAUUAUUUCAUUUCAUCUCUGUUGUAUAUGUACGCUUGCUUUUGGUCAUGUUUGUACAUGCCUGGUUUAA